AUGGCCUUGGACGACAGAGGCUUAUCCGGGGAGCAAUUUGUGGAGUUGACAUGUAAAAAUGAAAACCUGCCGCCAUUUUCUAUCAGCGCCACUUUUACAGAUUUGGCAUGUAAAAACAAGAGCCUGCCACCGUUUUCGAGCAGCGCCACUUUCACAGAACCACCAGCUUACUAUCAUCACACUGAGUAUGACUGGCAGCACACACAACUAGCUCAGCAUCCGGUGCUGCCUCACCAGGCUCAUCUGUUAGAAUCCGAGAGACACUUUUACCAAGAUUGUGCUGAUGAAAGCGACGUUAGUGCUCACGGCUAUUCUACGUAUGGACAUCCAUCUGCGACUCAUGCAGAUUUUUGUUCCACGGGCCAUGGUCUGUGGCCCGUAGAUAACUCCGGCGAACAUAUGGCAGCAGGACAGUUCGGUCAGCAUGGUCUAUUCUUUUCUGGGUUAGAUAUUGGCCAGCAAAAUAUGGCCCAGCAAACAAGUGGUAGCGGUAGCAGCAGCGGUAAACCAAAGAGAAAGCGGGUCCAGUCGCAUACUCAGAGAAGAGCGGCCAAUGUACGCGAGAGGAGAAGGAUGUUUCAUCUCAACGAGGCAUUCGAUGAGCUGCGAAAGAGGCUUCCAGCAUUUAACUACGAAAAACGACUGUCUAGAAUAGAAACUCUGAGGCUGGCCAUGACCUACAUAUCUUUCAUGAAAGAAGUCAGUGUUGGCCGCGAUCCCAAAUGCGUCAAACUCAAGCCACAUGGGUCAGAACUCUCACCAAUGGCUCGAAGCGGCAGCAGUAUGCUGGCCUCACCACAUUCGUCCAGCGUCAACACCGAUGACCAGUGUCAUGCUGCUGACGACAGUGACUGCAGCAACGAUGAACUCAGUAACCACAGUGGAGGCAACUAA